AUGGCGAACGAGGUCGCCGCCGAGAAAGGCUUUGCCGGUGUCGAACAUCUGGAGAUCGAGUCUGCCAACGAUGACACCAACGGCAUGGCCGUCAUGGGCACGACGAAGCUCAAUCUCGACGAGAUCCUGCUCGUCCCUGCACCGAGUUCGGAUCCAAGAGAUCCACUGAACAUGCCAUAUUGGCGGAAGGUUGUCUUCGUAGUGCUUCUCUCUGCAUUCUCUAGCCUAGGCCUUUCGCUGGUGGCAGGUCUUGGAGGACUGCUCGGUUUUUAUAUCCCGGAGUACGCAGCCAAGGGUGCAACGUACGCCGAUAUUACGGCCUUGAUGACAUACCCGUCCAUGUUUAUGGGGAUUGGCAAUCUGAUCUGCAUGCCGCUCGCUCUGGCUGUUGGUCGUAGGUCGGUGUACCUUGCCUCGCUCAUCAUUAUGCUGGUGGGAGGCCUCCUAGCCGCAUACUCAAAAAGCUACGAAUGGCAUCUGGGAGCUCGGAUGAUACUCGGCAUUGCUGCGGGCAAUAGUGAGGCAUUGGUUCCCAUGAUGAUCCAGGAGAUCCACUUCCUGCAUGAACGCUCGACCUUCCUCAUGUGGCAAUCUGCCAUGCAGUUGAGUAUCACUGCAUUGUACACCAUGUUCGCAUCACCCAUCGCUGGUGCCAUCGGGCCUGGAAACUGGUACAUCCUCGGAGUCGGUCUUGCUAUGGUGGUUUUCAUAGCCUCCAUCUUCUUCGUCCCGGAAAGUCGAUACACGCGCACUCUGGCCGCUUAUGGUCAGACAGUAGAAGCGACCGCCGAAGCAGAUCUAAAGCACGAGCAGGAAACCAAGCCAAUGCGGAUAUCUGAUCGACCUGCUCUCGACUUCGAGACCUAUCAAGCCCGUACCCUCUGGUCGGACAUGCGCCUGUUCGUUGGCCCACCGGACUGGUCAGAGGGCAUCUAUGCACUCAGAAACACCUUCCAGAUCCUGUUGUUUCCGAAUGUGUUCUGGGCCUUCUGCUUGAACGGUCUCACCCUUGGUAUCAACAUCGCCAUUGGCACGACCUACGGCAGCAUUGUCACCGCACCUCCAUACAGCUGGUCGAAUAAUGCUGCAUCCUACGUCAACGCUUCACAGAUCUUGGUUUCUGCUGUCGCCUUGCCAUUGCUUGGAAAUGGCUCAGACUUCAUCAUCAAAUGGCGCGCGCGUCGCAACAAUGGUGUUCACGAGCCCGAAGCACGUCUGAUCCUACUCGUCAUCCCUGUCGUGCUCGGUGUCUUGGCAGCUGUUCUCUAUGGCCAAGCAGCACAACACCCGGAGGACUAUCAUUGGUUCACCAUUGUGUUCGCGUACGGUGCCUAUAUCUUCUGUUUCAUCGGCUGCAAUAUCGCGGCUAUCACUUGGCUACUGGACUCGUAUCCGGCCCGCUCGGGUCCAGUGUUGAUUGUCAUCUGCGCCCUCCGUGGGUUCAUCAGCUUCGGUACAAGCUAUGGCGUUUCGCAAUUCAUCGAGAAGGCCGGACACGACGGGGCUUUCGGUGCCUAUGCUGGUCUAACCGCACUGUUCGGGCUGAUGGGAAUCCCAAUGUUCAUUUGGGGCAAGAACAUCCGAGCCUUCACGGGUCGAUGGGCCAUCAAGGAGAGGAGUGGGAAGCCAUCCAUGUCGCAUUAG